AUGUUCACAGUCGUGCCGAAACCCGAGGCUCCUGAUAUUGAAGAUUACCAGCCUGCUAAAGGGGAACCGGCACCACAAAUAAUAAACCACCGCCAAGAAAAUCAAACUCAUAAAAAGAAAAAGGCAACAUACGAAGAUAUAAAGGAACAAAGAGAUAGUUUACUUGAAUCCGAAAUGAAGUAUAUCAAGAGAAUAAAAGAACUUGAAAAAGAGAAAGAAGACCUACUUAAGCUGUACGAACCAACUUACAAAGAAAACAAACAGCUCAAAAGUCAUUUGAUGCACGGACCAGAAUCACAAAAUAUAAAAAAGUUAAAACAAGAGAAGAAGAAAAUCUUGAGCGAAUUAGAAAUAGUGAACACAGAAAAUGCUGAAUUACAAGACAGAGUAAAGGAACUAGAAAAAAUGUUCCUUUCCGAAAAAGAUUAUUAUCGUGAAAAGAAAUGGCGGGAAGCAAUCGAAAAGGGACGAAAGAGACGCGAAGAAAAAGAUACCUUACUGUCAACACAAGGGCCGUUUGCCUCUUCAAGAAAACCGAAUAAGAGAGAUUUGAAAUCUGUUACUGACGAAGAGUUCGAAAAGCAGGAUGCUCAUGAUUUACACAUCGACACACUUGAGAAAGAAACACAGAUACUUUUGAAUAAAAUAAGAAGAAUGAAGCAAAAUAAAGGAAGCAUAGAUUAUGCUUAUUUUAUCGGAAAAGGAGCAAUUACCAGAAAUUCAUCAGUAGCUAAGGCCAUCAACGAAAAACUAGAUAAAGAUCUGGAGGAAUUCGAAAACCGCCUAGAAAAUUUGAGACAGAAAACUAAACAGCUUAAGGAUAUUUCUUCAGAGGAUUUGGAAGUACCAGUUGAGACAGCACAAAUUAAACAAACUGGGAACAAAUAUUUUCGAACACGACAAACACAAACUAAUUUAGUUGAUGAACAAAUACGAACGAAUCCUCCCUCUAACAAUAAUAAUUUAGGUGAUAAACAAGGCAUAUCAAAGCCGAUUGCGGAAACACGAAACAUUUCGACAAAGGAGAGCAAGAAAAGACAGUUGAUGAUUAAAAGAAAUACUCCAGAUUAUGACAUAGUUCAUGAUAAAUAUCAUGCAUCUGAUGAUAUACGUACAUUUACUAGACCUCACGCGAAAGAAGUUACUCAUGAAUCGUAUGAAGAUCAAAGUGCAACGAAACAGGGGUCAAGGAAUAUAAGACGAACUCCGGAUGAAACUGAAGGUUUUGGUUCACCUAUUGCGGAACAUUGGCGCCAUCUAACCAUAAAGCUAAAUGAAGUGGAAAAGUUUGGCGGUAAAACACCCUUUGCAUACAGAGAUAAGACUAAAGGGAGGGCAUCUGUUCAGUCAAGUAGUUCAAGAAGACAAGAAUCUAUGUCUUAUGUUCCGAAAAGAAUACCGUCAACUAGACCGAACUCUGAAGAAAUCUUGUCUGCCUCAGCAAAGAGUCGCAGAAGUGCAAAUUCAGAAAUUUCUAAAUCUAGUUCUAGAGAUUUAUCCCCGCAACUUUCAGCCAAUUUAGAAUCAAUGUCUGACAUUGACGAACUAGAUUAUGAAUGUGGUGCUGACGAUAUGUUGGACACUAAAAAGGAAAUUAAUAUUGUUGAGUCACUAGAGAAGGCACAAAGAAAAACAACUAAUUUGGGCGAAGAAAUCCGGUUUAUACCAAGGCAACGUAGCUGGGAAACGGGGAGAAAUGCAAGAUGUAAUAAUGAACAAAAUGGAAGAUACGCCAACGGUUUUGAACCGAUCAGUCGCUAUAGGAAAACGAACAAAAAGUCUAAUGAUGCUAAACUUAUUGAAGGUGAAACUAAAACCAUGAUUUCAAAUGAAAAAGGUACGUCAGAUGAUCAAAGUGAGGCAAUUAAUGAGAGUGGAAUAGCAAAAGAUGUAAGGUUUAAGCAGAGGACAUAUUCUGGUGAUAAAAUAAAACGAAACACACAGGCGAUGCCUUCUGAGCUUAGAUUUAAAAAUAGAAACACAAGAGAUUCAAAAGUUCCAAGGGCAAAGGGAUUGACAGAAGAUAAUCGAAGACAUGCAGGAGAGGCACCGGAUGAGGAAAUGGUUUCUUCACGAAACAUUUCUGCGUAUGACGAAGUGUUAGCCGAUGUUUCAAAGCAAUACAAAGAUCAUGAAAGAAGACAAAUGUUUCAGUCGAGAGUACAAUAUAAAAACGAGGAUAAAAACGAUUAUGACCGGACGCAACAAACCAGAAAUAUAAAUGAUGAACACGGAGUUGAUUUGCCUAACUACGGGGUUAAACAUGUUGAGAAAACAGUAUUUGAAAAGGGACAAGGAGGCGCGUCUGUAAGCAGUGGAAAAUCCCGUGAAUACAUUUACAAUUUAGAUCUGUUAUGA